CCUUUUUGUCUUCUUAAACCAAACUAAAAUGUCUGGACGCGGUAAGCAGGGCGGCAAAGCUCGGGCCAAGGCCAAGACUCGCUCCUCUCGGGCCGGUCUCCAGUUCCCGGUGGGACGUGUGCAUCGGCUGUUGCGCAAAGGCAACUACUCGGAGCGGGUCGGGGCCGGCGCUCCCGUCUACCUGGCCGCUGUGCUCGAGUACCUGACGGCCGAGAUCCUGGAGCUGGCUGGCAACGCGGCCCGCGACAACAAGAAGACGCGCAUCAUCCCCCGCCACCUGCAGCUGGCCAUCCGCAACGACGAGGAGCUCAACAAGCUGCUGGGCCGAGUGACCAUCGCUCAGGGUGGUGUCCUGCCCAACAUCCAGGCGGUGCUACUGCCCAAGAAGACCGAGAGCCACCACAAGGCCAAGGGAAAAUAAGGCGUUGAUAACUACUGGCAUCUUUCAGUUUUCCAUGAGCCGGAAAAAUUAUCAAGGUUAUAAA